GCCCCACUCGGCUGUACUCCGACGGACGUCACGUACCUACAGCGCCGCCCUGGCGGUGGGGCGAGGCCCUAGCGGAGACGAGACGCUGCUUGGCAGGCCGCCGCGCAUGCUCCGUCCUGCGCGUAGCCUCCCGGCGCCAGGGGGCGCGCUCCUCCACGCUGCCCCGCCCCUGAGCGGUUGGCAUUUGAAUCUCCGCGGGCUGUGGCCGGAAAUGUCCACGGGUCAGCUAGUCAUGGAGAACCCGGGCCCCAGGGCCCGGUGCCCCGUGCAAGAGCAGCGUGCCCGUUGGGAGCGGAAACGCGCCUGCACCGCCCGGGAACUGCUGGAGACCGAGCGGCGCUACCAGGAGCAGCUGGGGCUGGUGGCCACGUACUUCCUGGGGAUUCUGAGAGCCAAGGGCACCCUGCGACCACCGGAGCGCCAGGCCCUGUUUGGGCCCUGGGAGCUCAUUUACGGCGCCAGCCAAGAGCUGCUUCCCUACCUGGAAGGAGGGCACUGGGGGCAGGGGCUGGAGGGCUUCUGCCCCCACCUGGAGCUCUACACCCAAUUUGCUGCCAACGCAGAGAGGUCCCAGACCACCCUGCAGGAACAACUAAAGAAAAGCAAGCGUUUCCGGAGGUUCGUGAGGCUUCAGGAAGGCCGCCCUGAGUUUGGGGGCCUUCAGCUCCAGGACCUGCUCCCUUUGCCUCUGCAGAGGCUUCAGCAGUAUGAAAAUCUCGUUGUUGCUUUGGCUGAAAACACAAGUCCCAACAGCCCUGACCACCAACAGCUCACACGGGCUGCGCGGCUGAUAAGUGAGACUGCCCAGAGAGUUCACACCAUUGGUCAGAAACAGAAGAAUGACCAGCACCUCCGGCGUGUGCAGGUCCUUCUCAGCGGCCGCCAGGCAAAGGGGCUCACCUCAGGUCGCUGGUUCCUACGCCAGGGCUGGCUGUUGGUGGUGCCUCCCCGUGGGGAACCUCGGCCCCGAAUGUUCUUCCUGUUCUCUGACGUGCUUGUCCUGGCCAAGCCUCGACCCCCAUUGCACCUGCUGCAGAGUGGCACCUUUCUCUGCCGGGCCGUCUACCCCAUGGCCCAGUGUCAACUCCAAAGGGUCUUUGGACACUCGGGGGGCCCUUGUGGUGGACUGCUCAGUCUGUCCUUUCCUCAUGAGAAGCUGCUGCUGAUGUCCACGGACCGGGAGGAGCUGCUGCGCUGGUACCACAGUCUGACUUUGGCCAUCAGCAGCCAGAAGAACUAGAAGAAUCUUAUGAAUUCCAGGACCCAAGAUACUUCAGGGAUAGGUCAGGGUCAGGAGCACAAAACUAAACAAAACACAGAACCCUUCCUGGUUUGAGAAGGGUCACUUUGUGUUUGCCUGGGACUGGGUUAUUUGACCAGCUCUUAAGAAUCAGGAAACCAAGACUGACCCAUUUGAACCUCCAC